CACUGUGGCCCCUGGAUGUUGUUGGAGUACAAUUCUCAUCAGUUCAUCGUUAGGGAUGACAGAAGUUGCAAUCACAUGUCACAUGAAAGAGGGAACAAGUUUGUUUUCUCUUGCUCUGACUUCAAGUUAAAAGAAAGGACACUCCUGCUAAACAUCAGGAAUAACUUAAUGAUGAUAAGAUCUCUGCUUAUAAUUGGUGGGUCUUUUGGGCUCCGUGAGUUUGCCCAAAUUCGCUAUGAUGCUCAGAAGCUCCACAGCAAGAUUGAUCCAGCUCUGGCAGAAAGAAUCAAGAAGAAUAAAGUGACUCUGGAAUCAGAAUAUGAGAAAUUGAAAGAUGCCAACUUUGAUGACUGGAAGAACAUCAGAGGGCCCCGUCCAUGGGAAGAUUCCAAGUCGUUACAAGAGCAGAAGCGGUAGCGCCAGCAAAGCCUUGGCUGGAGGCCAGCCUCACUGCCUUCGCUUGCUGUGACCUUGAACUGUUUCUUUCCGGCAGACAGGUGAAGCAGUAGCUAACCCUAGCGUGAAAAGAACCGUUUUGAUCUGACAGAAUGUCUUAGCAGAAGCCUUGUAAAUAAACAUUGUGAAGCACUGUG